AGGGGGAGCUUGCUCUUCGCCCAGGCUGGAGUGCCAUGGCGCCAUCUCAGGUCACUGCAACCUCCGCCUCCUGGGUUCGAGCGAUUCUCCUGCCUCAGCCUCCUGAGUAGCUAGGAUUGCAGCCGCGCACCACCACAGCAGGUUAAAUUUUGUAUUUUUAGUACAGAUGAGGUUUCACCGUGCUGGUCUCGAACUCCUGACCUCAUGAUCCGCCCACCUCAGCCUCCCAAAGUGCUGGGAUUACAGGCGUGAGCCACCGCGCCUGGCCUCAUCACUCUUAAAUAAUGAAAAACUAAAUUUUUAGAGGAAAAAGAAAAUCACAGGACCCUGUGAAGGAAGGUGGAGAAAGUGGUGAUUCUGAAGGUGUUUCAGGAUAUUUCGCUAAGUAAUUUAUGAAAGGGAAAACUAUUUUUCAUGAGCAUCAGAGGAGAGAUAUUGUACCCACUCUUCAGAGACAGAAACUGAAAUUCAAAGAGAAUUUUUAAAAGCAAGCUUAAAUGGAUCCAGCAGCCAUAGAGAAAUAAAUUCUGCCUGAGGGAGCUUGCAAGUGAAUCUUCCCAGGCUCACCUGAGAAUGCAUGAUGAGAGUGCAGCCCAGCAGCCACCUUGAUUGCAGCCUUGUGAGACAUCAAGCAGAGGACCCAACUAAGUUGUGCCCACACUUCUGACUCACAGAUACUUUGAAAUAAUAAAAAAUUCUAGGUCAAGAAGUAAAAUAUGGCACAGAGCAUUGAAAGGAGGCAACGGAUGCCCAGUGCAAGAUUCUGAAGAAGCAGGAAUUCAGCCCGAUGGGAGUCCGAGUUCAUGUCGUGGCGGCCUUAGCCCUGCUGUAUUUCAUCCUGCUUUCUGGGACGAGAUGUGAGGAAAACUGUGGUAAUCCUGAACAUUGCCUGACCACAGACUGGGUACAUCUCUGGUAUAUAUGGUUGCUGGUGGUCAUUGGCGCGCUGCUUCUCCUGUGUGGCCUGACGUCCCUGUGCUUCCGCUGCUGCUGUCUGAGCCGCCAGCAAAAUGGGGAAGAUGGGGGCCCACCACCCUGUGAAGUGACCGUCAUUGCUUUCGAUCACGACAGCACUCUCCAGAGCACUAUCACAUCUCUGCAGUCGGUGUUUGACCCUGCAGCUCGGAGGAUCCUGGCUGUGGCUCACUCCCACAGCUCCCUGGGCCAGCUGCCCUCCUCUUUGGACACCCUCCCAGGGUAUGAAGAAGCUCUUCACAUGAGUCGCUUCACAGUAGCCAUGUGCGGGCAGAAAGCACCUGAUCUACCCCCAGUACCUGAAGAAAAGCAGCUGCCUCCAACAGAGAAGGAGUCGACUCGAAUAGUUGACUCUUGGAACUGAUGAGAGCUGUCAUUUUAUAAAUAGGAGUGGAGUGAUGUCCAGAGUCUGUGGGAAAAUGGAACACAUACUUUUCUAACCCUCAGAAGUUUUAAGAUGGCAUCUAACACCAUCAUUCUAUGGGAAAGAUGGUUCUUACUCUUCGUUCACAGGCCUUUAUAUCUCCCGAUACAGAAUGCUCUAACUGGGAACUCUAAUUUUGUAUCCAAUGGCCAAAAUCUGCAAGUAAACUCUAGCCACACUGAUUACUACUAAACCAGGAAAGCAUCAAGGUGUCUUGAAUUCCUUUAACUAUUGAGUGCAUAUAAAAUUCCUGUACCCACAUGAUACUGCAAGUUGUGUCUCUCUCUGUCAGCUAAUCCAUUGCGGUAAACUGGAAAAGAAAGACAACAGUGUUAGCACGGCCAUCGACAUUAAUGCACUGAAUGCAUGCAUCUUUCCUCCUGAGACAGCAAUUGAUUUUACACUGAAUGACAAUGAUCAUCUUAGACAGCACAACAUACCCACUCGGAUAUCUAAAAGCUAGGGAUGGGAUUGCUGAUACGGGCUAAGAGAACACAGUAUAGUAUUUACGUGCCAAAUAUCAGUCUUUCUUUCUCUCUGGUCCUACCCCUCAGCAGUAUGAAAAAUUCCAUACUGUGCAGUAACAGUUGGAUUAAUUCUUCAGUUCCUCCGCGCUGCAAACACAUAUGUGUGCGCACAUGCAUGUAUACCUGCACCCUGUUUUAACUCUAAAGGAAUAGUGUUGCUUUACUUCUUUCCUGUUUUGCCUGGACCACUUAAAGCCACAACACCUCUAUAGUGACACACGCUAGUCUCUAGUGGUGGCCCUCACUGCCACCUAGAGGAGCCAUGGUGGAAAACACACUCUCUCCUUUGAGCCUAUCUGCACAUCUCUCGAGUUCUUGGCGCGAAAACCAAAUGCUGAACUAAGCCUGGUUGAGAUGCUUCCCAUGGACCAUGCCGCAGCACAGUGCUAAUCUAUCCACAAAACAUACCACCUCCCAAAGUAUUAUUAUUGGAAAAUCGAGGAAGUGACGCACAUUUAGGGAAAAACUACUCACCUUAGAAAAGUCACUGAAAUCCUUUUUUUUUUUUGAGAUGGAGUUUUGCUCUUGUAGCCCAGGCUGGGAUGCAAUGGCAUGGUCUCAGGUCACUGUAACCUCCACCUCCCGGAUUCAAGCAAUUCUUCUGCCUCAGCUUCCCGACUAGCUGGGAUUACAGCUGCCUGCCACUGUGCCCAGCUAAUUUUUGUAUUUUUAGUGGAGAGGGGGUUUCACCAUGUUGGCCAGUCUGGUCUAGAACUCCUGACGUCAGGUGAUCCGCCCACCUUGGCCUCCCAAAGUGCUGGAAUUAGAGGCCUGACCCCCUGCUCCUGGCCUGAAAUCUUUAAAGCCGUUUUCUCCCUAAAAAACGGGAAAUAAUAACACCUCAGAAGGUUUUUGUGAAGAUCAAAGAAGCUAAAUAUAUGUGGCAUGAUUUGUAAAGUGUUAUGCAUAUGUAUGUUAUUCUUCCUACUGUCUUCUAACCUUCCCUUGCCUGCUAUGACUUAUCUGAGAGCCAUGUUCCCAUUUAUCUUUUUGCGAACUAUGUUACUGUUGUCACACCUGAAAUGGCUUUGUUUUUAUCAAUAAAUACUUGUUGAUUGCGGUAAACAACAACAGA